AUAUAUACAUAUCUUAUCACCUAAUACAUUAUUACUUAUCUCUCCCCCAAUGUGUUAACUCAGUGUGUGUUUAUUCAGAUACGUGCAAUCGUCAAUAUUGAAAAUACAGUAGGCAGUUACUUGUGUCAAACACAAUUAUUUUUAUUUCCAUCUUACCAAUAGUAUGUAGUUGUGUCUCAUGUUUUGUUUACGCACUUCACGGAGAUUAGGCUGCAUUGAGAUUGUGGAAUUCAUUCAAAUUUGUAAACGUGUUUGAGAGCGAUCUAAUCAAUCAAGUGUUGGAAGAUUAUAAAUAGCGUAUCAUGGUAGUGAUCAAAAUCGUCAACAAGUUUAAAAAAAAGCAUCGAACAGUCGGCGAUAUGUCCUAGAGGAGAGAGAAGAGAAUCCAGAAUCCAGAGAUUUAUAGUGGGCCGUAAAAGUGUGUUUGUUUCCAUGGAAAUAUGAUCACCUCUGCUUAUUGGCGUGUUUGUUUUUUGUUUGCCGCGUGCGGAUGUCAAAGCCUCGUGUUGAAUGAAGGAGAUUUAUCCAACGACUGUCCUAUUGAUGACCUGCCGCACCAAACCAAAACAAUUAGAGUGUUAAAUGGAACCCCCUUAACAUUAAAAUGUCACCAAGAAAAGGCAAGAUGGUGUUUUAAGCCCUGUGAUUCAAAUUUCCACGGAAUAGUAUGUAAUGGGAACCGCAACUGGAAAAAACUCACCAGUGAAACUAAAGGAAGAAUAAACUUCGAAGCUGCCAACAAAACUCAUAAUGGAAUGUACCUAUGUUCACAUAAGAAUAUGCCGACAAUAAAAAUAUUUAUUGUUGAUGUGUUUGAUCCUGGCUACACCGGACCACCACCUCGAGUCCACCCCCUGAAAAUAUCGAACAUAACAGGCCCAAUAAACACGGAGUUUACAAUCCAGUGCAAAGUAACCAGUGAAGUAUUUCCCAAAAUCAUCUGGUUCAAGACCUGUUUCGGACAGAAGUGCGACUACAGAUUCCACCAAACCUGCUAUUGCCACAUUAACACAUCGAUUUCUGACUACCACGCAGGAAACACCUACCUCAGUAAAUACCUCAUUUUCAACGCUAGAUGUGUAGAUAGCGGCACCUAUCUUUGUUUAGCACUCACGCAGUUCGGUAAAGACGACCAAAAAGUGACUAUCAAUGUGCCGUGUAAAAAAUCGGAUAGUGAAUUAUAUUCCUUGUUGUUUUUAAUACCGUUUGGACUGUUGUUGAUACCUUUAGUUGUAUGGCUAUGUUAUUAUAGGAAGAAAAAGAAAUCUACUAUCAUAAUCGUCGACCAACAGAAAAAGCUUCUCAGGACUAUAACUCAACCGAAGGAGAUCAUAUAAUCAAUUGUCUAAGAUUAAAUAUAAUACACAAAUUCAGUGUUCAAAAUUUCCUCCGUUGUUAAUUUGACAGUAACAAUGGUAGAAUGCGUCUGAUACAUUUCACCAUGUUUCUCUAGAAAUUAAUAUGGAUCCAUCGAUAAUUAUUUGACUUUGCUAUGCAACACUUGCUGGUUUCGUUUUAUAAAUUCUACUUUCCCAGUAUCAUUAAUAAAAAUAAUAUUUAGGAUUCCAAUCGGGUGAACUAGGUGGCCAUUCAAUAUUUCCUAAUCCCGAACCAUCGUCCGGAAAUUUCCUGAGCUAACUAUCGCCAAACAUUUACACCAAAACGAGCUGGAGCCCUGUCUUGCUGACCCCAGGUGCGGGAGCACGCCAAAUAGAAUUCUAUUUUAGGGACGUCACGUUGCCUAGCAGCCGUCGAUUCUCCCAUUAUGAAAUUCUAUUUUGUGACGUCAGCAAAAUAGAAUUCUAUUUGGCGUGCUCUGGGUCCAGAUUACAUUCAAAUUGGGACCAAACUUCUUCACUUGUUCUAUACAGUUUUGCUACUAUUAUUAUUUGUAUUAUUUUUAAUCGUUAAACGAUCUGAGAACUACCUUUAUUGGUUCGUUAACGUUAUUUCCUAAGUUCUAGUUUGUAAAUCAUUUCUAGUGAUUGAAAUGUAUACCUUUUAAAAUAUCUGUGAUAAUUUUGUAUAUAGUAAAUUAUUUGAACCA